AUGUCUGUCUGGGACGCCUUCACCGGCCGGAAAAAGUCGUCACAACAGCAAUCACAGCAACAACCUCCGCCUCCUUCCCCCACAGACUAUGCAUCAACGCCCUCAUCACCCUCAUCAUCGUCAUACGCCUUCACACCCUCAAUACCAUCCACAGACUCCUUUCUCGGCAGCGCCUCUCUCCCCGAUGCCUCCCAACUACAUCCCCUCGCCGGCUUGAACCAACAAACACUCGACUACCUCUCCCUCGACGAAUCAACACUCUCCUCCCUGCCCGGCUCCCAAUCAGUCCUCCCCUCCCGCGGCUGGUCCGAUGACCUCUGCUACGGCACCGGCAGCGUCUACCUCGCCGCGCUAACCACCGGAGGUGCAUGGGGUCUGAUCGAGGGCCUCAACCGCGUGCCUGCUUCCGCGCCACCGAAGUUGAGACUGAACAGCGUGUUGAAUAGCAUGACGCGGAGAGGGCCGUUUAUGGGUAACAGCGCGGGCGUGGUGGCUAUGUGCUAUAAUGGGAUCAACUCGACGAUUGGGUAUUAUAGGGGACGGCAUGAUGCAGGAAAUAGUGUCGCGGCGGGCGCGUUGAGUGGGAUGGUGUUCAGGAGUACCAAGGGAACGAAGCAGAUGCUUAUCAGUGGGGCGGUUGUGGCGGGGAUCGCUGGGGCUUGGGCUAUCACGCGGAAAGUGGUGUUCGAGCCGCCGGAACCGAAGCACGAGCCGAUAUAA